AGAGAUUCCGUCAUCAGAGAAGGAAAGGAAAGGCUGUAGUGUAGUAGUAUAUGACAGGUCGUUGCCCUCGCCCCAUGCGGACCACGGCCCUAGAGCCAACACGCCCAAGGAUGCUGGGAUCAUCUGUUUCCUAGUUGGUUCCUCCUCGAUCUUCGAGGACGAGCGGAACAACGACCCUGAGUCGGAAGGCGGGACGGCUGGAGGGGGAGCUGGGUGGAGGGGGUGGAGAGGUGGCCCUCGAAAGUGUUGGGGGAAGUGAAGGGCGAGGAGAGAUCGACUCGGACGAGGGUGGAGGUGGAGGCGGUGGAGGAGGUAUUGGUGGCCCUCCAAGAUCCCCCUCGAACUCGCCGUCUUCGUCUUCCUCCUCCCCCUCCUCAACCUCUUCCUCCAUGCAUCUCCACCUCGAAUCCACCUCCAAUGCUCGGAGCGACUGUUCCAUCCUCUCCCUCUCCUGGAUGGGGAAAGUGCCCGAUGAUAUGCCCGAGGAUGAGGGAUGGAAGCUCAACCGCGUCCACUACUACCAGGAAGGUUGGCUUGCCACGGGAAAUGCCCGGGGUAUCGUCGGGGUGACGUACACCACCUCCCACUCCAAGAAGCCCUCCGAGAUACCGCCGAGGACGAACUAUAACCUCAGAGGACAUCGUGCUGAGGUGACACUUGUGAAGUGGAACGAGCCCUACCAGAAAUUAGCGACGUGCGACUCGUCGGGAAUCAUCUUCGUGUGGAUCAAGUACGAGGGACGAUGGAGCAUCGAACUCAUCAACGACAGGAACACUCCGGUCACCCACUUUUCAUGGAGCCACGACGGAAGGAUGGCCCUCAUUUGUUAUCAGGAUGGGUUCGUGCUGGUGGGCUCAGUGGCUGGGCAGAGAUAUUGGUCAUCUAUGUUAAACCUUCAGUCCACGAUAACAUCUGGGGUCUUCACUCCCAACGACCAACAGGUCUACUUCGGCACGACGUCGGGCCUUGUGAUUGUGAUGGACGUCCACGGAGCAAUGGUGUCUCAGGUUCCUUUACUAGACGACACCGCCAUUACUCACUUGGCCUGGUCCUGUCCCAAAUUUAAAAUGGAAGAGAAUGAGGACAAUAACUCUAAAAACGGUGAAUCAUCAUGGCUGCUGGCAGUUGUGUUUCAAACGGGACUGGUCUACCUCCUCAAGACGCACGAUGACCUGACACCAACAGUCAUCCGAACAUCCCUAAGAGGAGUUCAGGUUGAGUGGACUAACUCAGGUGAGCUCUUGGCGGUAGCAGGACACUCACCUGACGAAGGUUGCUCAGUCGCUACUGCAACAAACCAACCCGUGAGAAAUCUUGUGAAGUUCUACACCAACAACGGCACCCUUCGAUACACGCAUCACUUGCCUUUAUGUCAGAACCCAGUGACAGCACUGACCUGGGGCCACAACGACAAACGGGUCUUCGUGGCAACGGGGUCGCAGCUGCACAUCGGGAGGGUAUCCAGAAGAGUAGCGUCGUUGCAACUGCUGUGCCGAUUAACCAUAAAAGCAAGAGUUCACGAAGAAGACAAGAUCUCCAAGUUGCCUCUGCCGAGGAGAUUGAGGGCUCUCGUCACAUCCUUGUAUACUCAGACUAUCAGGUGCUAUAUCCCGGAUGUCCGUCAACUCCGCGAUUUCGUCUCCCGUCCACCCUGCAAUAGCCAGCGAUUACACUGCACGAUGAUACGACACGACGAGGACCUCAUCCCUACACCGGGGGCAUGCUAUACCCUAUACCUCGAGUACUUAGGGGGCCUCGUGCCCCUCCUCAAAGGCAAGAGAACAUCCAAGAUCAGGCCUGAGUUCGUCAUUUUCGACCCUCAAGCAGAGGAAUCGUUAAAUAAGGACGGCGUGGCUGGAGUCAACGGCGUUGGCGGCAUUGGAGUGGGCGGGGCCACGCAGCUCCCGAAUGGGCACCCAGCCCUCAGCGAUACGUCUGACACCGAAUAUGAGGACAUGUGCGCAUCGCCAAGGCUUCAGAGAAGACGAAAGCUCAAAAGGAGAAUACGGGAGCGAUUGGAGAGUGAGACAGACGAGUUAGUGUAUUUGGACACCUUACCAGAGCAACACCGCCUAGUGGAGGUGACCUCCAACAUUUGGGGGACCAAAUUCAAACUUCACGGGGUUGCUUCAUCCCUUCCGGCCAAUCUGGGUCAGGUCACUUACAAGACCUCCCUCCUACACCUUCAGCCUCGCCAGAUGACUCUUGUCAUCACAGAACUCAGGGAGGAUAUUCCACCCCGACCUGACCCGAGUUUUAAUCCUAAUGUCUUCUCCGAAGACGAGGAAGAAUUAGGUGAAAGACUCGCCUCCAGGAGACCCCCCGACCUCCCAUCUGAUGUUCCUCCCAUCGCUCCUAUGACCCCUAGAAGGACGCCAUCCUCUUAUUCUCGUCAGGGGCUUCACACAACACCUUGGGACACGACCACACCUGCCAGACCUCCCACUACGGGGGACACGAACCAUCUCGAGAACAGAAUCGAGGUGGAAGGGAGCACCGAGACGGGCAACGCGGAUGGGAGCGAUGGCGCUCCGUCUCUGAUGCAGGAGCUGGAGGAGCAUCCCUACGUGGACCUCGCCACACCAGAGAUGGUCCAGCUGAGGGAAGGCCUCAGGGCAGAGCUGCGAGGGGAGCAUCACCACCACACCCUCGCCAGCAACAAUCACGGCCACGCCCCAGACUCCCCCGUCUUCUCCAUCAUGAGAGGCUCCGCGCCCUCCAGUCCCAAACACUCCGUGAGUCCGUUCUGCUGCGAUGCCGGGACGCUCCAGUCCCCGAAGAACAUUGUGGCACCAACGCCCACGGUCACUCGCAACUCCUCCACGACGGCGGCACUGCUCGAGAUACACGGAUGUGACGUAGGAAUCACGGCGCGCGCGGGACUCAAGGGCGCCGCCACCACCACUUCCAUUCCUUCCAACAGGACUCCUAGGGCGGAAGAACUGCGGCUCCUCAGCUCAGACAAUCUCCUCCAUCACUUUUGCAGCCAAUCCUCCACUUCUCCCUCCAACAACAAUAACAAUAAUAAUAAUAAUACAAAUAACAACAAUAAUAACAAUAACAACUACAACAACAGCACGUCCUAUAAUAGCAACAGUAGUAGCAGCAGUAGCAAUAGCAGUAGCGGUCAGAGCACCUACAGAAGUCCUCAGCACACACAGGCAGGAAACGGUGGCACUCGGAGUGACGUCAUCAAGUAUAUCGACGAAGAGAGCGGCGAAUCCGACGGCCGGUCUUUCACGCCCUCCCCAGCCCACACCAGAUCCCGCCCACUUUACGCCCGCGCCCGAAGCAAGAGCGUAGGUCACUUGCACAACAUCGAAAACACACUGAGCCAGCUUCCUCAUCUGGGCCAAUUAAAGAACAUCGAUGCUUACUUGGCCUUUAGGAGGUCUGGUUCACUCAAGGAUUCAUCCAAAAAGCAGCAUAAAGGGGAAAACCACCACAAGAGAAGACCCUGCCUCGCCGAUUGUGGCAAAAGCAAGAGUCUGGACUCGUCCCCUUUCACUGCCAAGAGGAGAGUCAACUACACCAACCAUCCCUUUCUCAUCACUACCACCACCACCACCACAACCACCACCACCACCACCAAUACGACCACAGUCGACCUUCACCACCAAAAUCAUCACAACUGUGAAAAGCCAAAUAAGAACUUCACCAGGACGUUGAAGCAAAUCUACAACGAUGCCCAAACCUCAUUCCAGGAGAGCGUGCUGGUGGAAAGGCUGGCCGCCCUGCAGAGGGAGUGCCAGACGCCCCAGCCCCCGCCCACCCCUAGGCAUCACCCGACGCCCACGCCGGACACCGCCCGACGCCUCAAUACUCCAACACAUACGCCUACUAUUUCCGCCGCCCACACAAGCAAGAGCAUUCCAUCCACACCAGUCAGGACCAGGAAGGCCAGGAGACACCAGUCUUCCUCGCCAAUCAGGAAACACCUGCUCAACUCACCUCUUCUGUCGCGUCGCCGUCAGAGGCGGGGCACCGUUGAAAGCAGCGACGACGAAGUGGUGCACUGCUCCAGCGACGCGGAGCUCCUCUGCUCCUCCUCCAACUACCGAGACUUGGAAACAUUCCAGAAGACACAACUCAGGAAUAAGCUCCGCCGAUCCCGCGGUCGAAGCGACGGCAGCGGAGGCAGCGGGAACGACAGCUCUGGCUCGUCCACGCCACGGCACCGCCAGUUCGUCAUGCACAACAAAGCUCCCUUGUGGAACGAGAACUCGCAGGUGUAUCAGCUCGACUUCGGAGGGCGAGUCACGCAGGAGUCUGCUAAAAAUUUCCAGAUCGAGUUCAAGGGAAAACAGGUCAUGCAGUUUGGCAGGAUUGAUGGCAACGCCUACACGCUGGACUUUCAGUACCCUUUCAGUGCCAUUCAAGCAUUCGCUGUCGCUCUAGCAAACGUCACGCAGAGACUCAAAUGAUAUAGGAUGCAUCCAGAGAGCCAGGCCUCACACAGCCAUAGUGUGUUGAUCCUCGAGUUCUGGUGACGCCAUCAAGCGGCGUUAGUGAGAGCUAUAAAGGAGGAGAAUUUCUGUGUUUUUCUGGUGACCAAAAUAGCAUAUUUAUAACUUCUUGUUAUAAAUCCACUUUCCUCGUUGAGUGUCAUUGCCACCGUUACAAAUAACAAACGGAAAUAAGUGCGUGUAACAGUAAUAAGUGUGUGUUAAAAUUGUGAACACAGCGUGGAAAGAGUGAGAGUGAAAUAUAUACACGGCCUGUGAUGUACAGUGCAGAAGUGAAUGUGCUUUCUUUGACAUUUGAACAAACAGGUGAUUUCAGUUGGAGAAAUUUCCAUACAAAAUUUGUGUUAGCAUUGUAUGACCAUAUUUACGUUGGUGUUGUGCCAGUGCCUGAGGUAUGAUAACGCUCAUUUUUGUAUGAGUCGCAAAAACUUAAAAAAAAAGAUAAAAAUAUAUAUAAUAUAUACUUUCAUGUGUUAUAUAAGGCCGCCACGUUUUUGUACAGACACAGCUGACAAUACUGUAUGUGAUAAUAUUCCGUAAUUGCUUUUUAAGACAAGUAAGAUGCUCUCUGAUGCCAGUGGAAGUUAUAUCUAUGACGUCAGCUGUACAGACGUCAGCUCGUGCAGCUGAAAGGAAGGUAAAGAUAAAAAGAAAAAAAAGUACAAGAGGAAAGUUAAAAACUAUUAUCCAACCAUUAGAUUUAACUCGUCAAUGAUCCAACUUUAAAAAAAUAGUAUCGUAAUUGAAAGCUCGCAGCCUUAAUUGGAAUUACUCCUACUUUGUGAAGCACUUUCUUUGAAGGAAUUAUUCCUUUAAAACUGAAAGAUAAUUAUUCAUGAUUGAUUACAAUAACCAAUAGGAAAAUUAAAAAUUUGGUAAUGGCAAAAAAACAAUAGAAGUUUUUAUGAAAAGUCGGUCAGAUUAAGACUGAAUAUCUAUCAGAGAAUGCUGGAAUAUUCAAAAUAAAUUGCCUAAGGUCUGCGAAGUUCAAUAAAAAAAGGCGACCUAAUUCUUGGGGACUAUAUGCGUCGCAGUUAUUAUUGUAAGGUGUUUAUCAGCAAAUAACGCCUUGACAACAGAAAAAGAUAUAAUUGUUUCAGUAGAAGUCAGGACAUCAUCACUAGUCUCGAAAAUAUAGGUCAUAUACAAGACCUGAAAUUAAACACUAAUGAGUUUCAAGUUGUGAAGAAUAUACCACUGAACGAACGAUUUAUUGGGGAAAAUAUAUACAAUCAAAUGGUUGAAAAAUAAACGAUCUUCUUAAAGAAUAAAAACUGUCAAAUAAAAAGAACCAAAACUAUAUCAAAUUAUACUAAAUGUCAAAGCAGAUGAAAUAGCAGAUAAUACAUGGAAUUGGGAUAGCUACUUGCAAUUAAUUAUGAGGAAUUAAGAGGCUCAUUCACUGCUGAGGAAAAGUGUGAAAUUUUUACUUAUGAAUACGCUUUUUCUAAGUGCUAAAACGUCAGAGUGUUAAACUUCUAAAAAAAUAUAGUUACUACGAGGUAAUACUACACGAAUGAAAUACCAAGGGUACAUCACUCUUAUAUUAGUGAUAUUCAAAACAAAUAUUCGAGAAAACCUAAGCAUUAGGAAUAUUACUUACAAAUCCAGCUAAACAAAAUAAUCCAUCUUCAUAGAUAUAUAUAAAUGUUACUUAUUUACCAAAAAAAAAAAAAUUAGGCUUUCAAAAUAAAAUUUCCUAUUGCAUCUCAAUAAUCGUAUAAUCUCAAAUCAGAACUAUGGAUAUGAAACUUAAUAAAAAAUCAAAGCUAUAUUUUCACAAAAAUAAUAACUUGGGUGAAACAAAGUCCCAGUAAAUGUAUCCAAACUACAAGUACUUCGAAGCGAAAACGAAAACUCAAAAGGUAAAAUUCAUAAUCUGUAAAUGCAAGGAAACUGAAAUAAAGUAAUUCACAUGGCAAUGUAAAAUUAUACAAACCUGAAUAACGCUCAAACCGCAGAAUAAAGGGACAGGAUUCUCUUUAUAUACCUGAAUAUCCUAGUUUUAUGUAAACUAAGACAUAAAAACAAAAGAAAAUUAAAAAUAAGACUUAACUAUCAACAGCAAACCCCGUUAGAAUGAUACUCACUGACACAGAAGACGUACCCGUCCCGAAUAUGUAAAUAUUAAGGGACGCUAAACGAUAGAGCCUUGCAAUGUAAUCAAAGAAAAGCCUAUAUCUAGUUUAGAAUUGAUCUUGAGGUUUACUACACUUAAGAAAACUAUACCUCGGAAGUAUACACCACUAAAGACAAAAGAUAAAUAGAAUUCAUUAAAUUCGGUAAAUAUUAAAAUUCAUUAUAUAUUAAAAUUCUCCCCAAACAUUUUUUGCCCAUUAAAUUUCAAUAUGUAUGAACUUCAAGGCUGGAUUCUCAUGGAAAAUAGUUUACUCUACUUCAAGCAAGAUGGAAGUGAUCUAUAACUUUAUUACUACCAUAAAAGAGAAAGAAAAGUCCUUUAAAUGUGAAUCAUUAUAGUAAAGACUGCAAACUUAUUCUACCAUUUCAGAAAAUAAAGACAAAACUUUUCGCCAAAUGGUCCCUUUUCGGACACGUAGCAAUAACCAUUUUCAAAAGUAAAGGAGAGUCAGAGAUAUAACUUGCCACAGUGCCAGGGAGCACCUUCCGACUGGUUACAAGCAGAAGCGAAUCACUGGUUGAAGGCAGUCAUUAUGCCAGUAAAGGAAUCGGCACUUUAAAACAAAUGGAAAAAAGAACUCUGGCACUUGACUGCUACAACCACUAACGGUAACCAAUGAUCCGCUUUCUGUUUGAAAGCAACUUUACAAUUUCCAUUUUAGCUUGUAAGUUUUAUGUUUACAAAUGGUGAUUUUCAUACAACCCCUAUCCUUUUGAAACAUCAACUUGAGUUCAAAUUCUUGUAGUGGAAACGAAUUCAUGACAUUAUCGCCGAGUUUGAUUACUAUCGAAGAAAUUCAAUUCUAUUGAGGAACACCGAGUAACUUACUAACUUGACUUGGAAAUGCUACGCUAUAGUGGAACUCGACUCAGACUGACUUAAUUUCCCAACAAAAGAUGUGUAUAAAAAAUAUCCCAAGAUAUUCCAUGCGAGGCUUUAAACCAAACUCCCCAUCCACAAGAUUCUGUUAAAAAAUCUUGAUUACUGUAAAGUCAGCGCGUAAAUUUCCGUUGUGAAGCCUAUAUUAAUAUUUCCAGGGAAAACUGGGGAAUAUUGACUUAAAUCUAUUGAUAACAGAUUGGAAACUCCGCGAACAUCAAAAUUAUCAAUAGACAUUAAAAUAAAAGUUUUUAUUUCCAGUAAAAAGUGUAAGGUGAACAAUAAAUUAAUAGAACAUAUAUACUAAAAUAUAGUUAUGUAAAUGUUAUUACUAAAUCUAGCAAUUAAGCUGAUUAAGCUGAGCAAAGAUUUGUGAAAACGAUAGUUGAAACUCAAAGAAAUGAUGAUCUAGAUUGAAACAAGAAAUCUUAAAAUACGUAUGAGUCAUCUAUCUAGCUUUGGUUCCCAAUCAGUAUCCUAUAUAGUGACUUGGUUUCUAAUCAAUAUUUGGUAUAUAUAUUAAUUUGCUUCAAGAUUUAAUCCCAAAUGGUGUUGGCCUCAAAUAUACAGCAUGCACAGUUCCAAUAUUGCGUUACAAUUUAUAUUUUCUCUCCUUGCAUACAGUCUUAUUAGAUCACUAACGUUGCAGUGAAGAGAGAGAGAGAGAGAGAGAGAGAGAGAGAGAGAGAGAGAGAGAGAGAGAGAGAGAGAGAGAGCUCUGUAAAGUCUUAUUAAACAAUCCAUCCCGAUCAUUCCUUAUGGAACAGAAUUAUUUUGUACACAUUGAGUAGCAAGUAGAGACCAACUGUACAUAGUGUGUGCGAUACAGUAAGAAUACAGUGUUGUAUGUCAAAUCGAAAGUCUUGAUUGCUUGUAAUUUUAAUUGUGAACUUCACUGAACAUGAAGUUUAUACAGAACCGAAUACGUGCGUGUGUGUAUGAGAGAGAGAGAGAGAGAGAGAGAGAGAGAGAGAGAGAGAGAGAAAGGAGGCAUCCGAUCUUAACAGUACCAAGGAAAACUAAGCAAACGUGAAGGACUGUGAUGCUGCCAAGACAGAAGUCAAAAGGGAUACGAAACAACUUGGAGCGUAAUAUAUUUCACAAAACAGACUAAUUUUCUACUGUUUUCUUCCCAGAGCAAAAUAAAGACUACUAUAGAGGGGCUCAAGUCGCCGUGCCCCCAGAUUCACAAGAUGUGGAUGACAAAGGGGAAGAACAUGUAUCAUUUGCAAGCCUCAAAAUUCAUUCACCUUUUCUCCUAUUUUUUUUUUCUUGGAAUGGAACCACUUCAUGGUAUUAUUACUUAAGCAUCGUAAACUGUGACGUUGAUAACGAAUCUAUUAUAGUGUCUAGUAAUAGGUCAUAAAAAUGUUUAAUGUUAACAGUUAAUUGUAAGGGAGACAUGGAGUCUCCGAUUUCACCUUAUACCAAAGAAUAUAAAUAUACCAAAGAUGCUACUUAUGAGGCAACUUAGAUAUGGUUGAAUAGGCUGUUAUAUAAAAUAUUGGUCAUUAUUACUGGUAGUUUGAACAGACGCCAAAUAGAAACCAAAGAUGUACAAAUAAGACGACAAAAGCACACGAACAAAUAAUUAAAAUGGACACAAGAAUUUCCUAAUCAUAAAUAAAUUAGCAAUAGCAUCAUACUCAGAAAGAAAUGCCAAAACAAAUAUGUUGGAUCCACAAAACAAAUUUCUUUAAGCCGGCAUUAAGAUAGGUUAUUGGACAAAAAAUCAAAAUAAAUAACUAAUUUACUUUGUAGAAUGUGAGCAAACAAGAUAAAAAACACUUUUGAAAACUAUCGCUUCAUUAAUAUCUGCACAGAAACAUUUAAUCGUACGUUCAGACACAAGCAACAGGCCUGACACCUGACACCUGAUAGAUGAACCAGUUAAACCAGGCACUUGAACUGAUAUCAGCUAGAUUGUCUGUGGCGAUUUUCUUUACAAGACCGACACCUCCUAUAACAUGAGUGAAUGUGGCUUGUGUCUUGAUAUUAAAUGAAAAAUCUGCGAGGCUUCUUAAUAUUCUUAAGGUUUUUUCUUUCUAAAUUACCCCUGUAUAUAAUAAUGUGGUUACUUUUUCUGUCAACUGUUCAUAAUACGCUAUAAGUGUAAAUACAAAACAAAUAUACUGUAUAUUACAAAAUACUGGAAAAGAGUAGAUACGUUCUCUCCAGCCUUCUAUUCAACAAAAGUGUCAGCUUUACCUCCGGUUACAUUACACACCAUUUCUGAAAAGACCAACAUAACAUGUACCCGUGUCCUUCCAGCCUUGAGCAAUCUUGUUACAAAAAUCGAUGGUGAAUACUUGCAUUUGAGUGUGUAUGUCGCUACAACACUCUCGAUAUGCAGUGCUCUUAUAAAAACAGUAUUAUAUAGUAAAUGCUGUAUACAUACAAAACAUACAACAAUAUACACAUAAUCCCGUACACAUAAUUUACAUCAUAUAUGCAUUGCAAAAAAUUUCUACGGUUUGAUGAUAUAGACAGACACCAGAAGCUAAGAAUUAAACCAAUUUCCUCGUAUACAUAUCUAAAUGACAAUCCAAGUCUCUCCUAGUUGAGGCGUAGCAAAUAAUAAUAAUAAUGAACCAAACAAAAACUUCUUUCAGUUUUCUUCUUAAGAUUCAAAAUGUAAACCACAAAAUCAGUGUAUAACGUGUUUACUUAUAAGUAUUUACAUUUUAUUUUACUCAACACUCGAUUACUUUCAGGCCCUAUCUGUGGCCCAUCUUCAAGAGAUAUGUAGGUUGUCAGCAGACUGUUGGGCCUUGACUCCGGCUGACAACCUACACAUCUCUUGAAAAUGGGCCAGAGAUAGGGCCUGAAAGUACUCGAGUGUUGAGGAAAAUAAAAUGUAAAUACGUAUAAGUAAACACGUUAUACACAGUGAUUUUGUGGGUUUCUUUUUCAAUAAUAAUAAUAAUAAUAAUAAUAAUAAUAAUAAUAAUAAUAAUAAUGGUAAUUAUACUGAAACAAUCAUCAACUGCAACAAUGCCAGAAAUAAUAAAACUAAAACUUGGGAAUCGUUAAUUUUUCUUUCUCUAAUAGCCAUCAUACAAUUAUGCAAUAAGUAAUCAGAUAACAGACGACUAAUAAAAUAUAAUUUCUGAGCCAACAUAGUUCUUCUAGUCAUAAAAUAUACGUGUACUGUUAGAAUUUUUUUUACUGAAAUCAGUACUAUUCAUCCUCUCUCACUUACAUCAUUGGCUAUACAAAUACAGGACUAUUUAACUCUACAUGAACAGCUUCUAGCCAGUUACCACUAAGAUUUGAAAAACAAAAAAACAAAAACAAAAAAAUAAAUAAAUAAAAAGCUAGACGUUAUGAAAGGGUUCAUACCAUACAAAUAUGAAAAACUGAAUCUCUUACUAGAGCAAAUACCACAUUGUUCGCGAUGACAGCAAAUUAUGGCAAGAAAAUGGGUCCAUCAAUAGAAUACAAAAAUGGCCUUUAAAAUCCAAAAUAAAAUAAAAUAAUAAAAUUCUGUUAAUAUAUAUAUGAACGAAGAAAGAGAUUGUCAAAACAUCCAUAUCACAAAAACAAUUGUAAUUUCGCUCAGCAAUUUCUACAGUAAUGUACCAAAAAAUCAGAAAAACAUCACAUCGUCCUAAAACUUUUGUUUUAUGUAACUUGAAUGGUGUAAAUACCCUACAUGUAUAUUCACUGCCUUAUGAUCUCUUAUCCUUUCAAAAGAAACUUUCCCAAUUCAUGUAAUUACUGUCAAUUGUACUAAGCCUACGCGAUUAAUUACACUUAAAUACGUAAACCUGGAAAAACAAUCUGAACGACAUAUUGCAUAUGACUAAAUCACGAAUGUUCUCCAGAACUUCAAUGUUAUGUGCAUUCGCCUCCCGUCACUAGUAUAUUUGCAAAAUUUUGCUGAACACAUGGCAUAACAAAAAACAUAUAACCAUAAUUGCAACAAUUAUAGUACAACUUGCAUCCAGACAUGCCUAUGAAAUUCUCAAACCAAAUGUCGAUAAAUAUCAAAGACUAUACCGAUGUAUACCAAGUGGGUAAAGAUUGCACAUCCGAUAACUUAUUCACAUAUAUAAUCUGACUUCAUUCAAAUCCGGGAAGGCGGGAAUCCUAAAAUUACAAGAAAACAAUACUUCUCAAUUGAGUUUUCAUAUUGACCCUCUGACUACUUUUCAUCAAACAAAAGAGUUCAGAAUUUCUUUUUCCUCCUACAGACGACCGAUUGCUAAACCACUUCACAAAAGUUUCCACUUAAGAGAACUAAUUUUUAUUCCUCUUAACAUUUUAAUUCUGACACUAUAACAUUACAAAAUUAUUGAGCAACAUAUGUUGGACUUAGGGCAUCGAACACUUGUAGCAUAUUUUUCACAAUUAUCAUGUUUUCUUCGUUUCACCACCUCAACUUAACCAAGGGAGCUCCAUGUUUUCUGGCUGACAACAAGAUAUGCAGAAUGACACUAAAGCUGAUAUUGCCGAAAUCAUGGACACUGUCCUUCAGUGUGAGGAAAAGGAAACAAAGCGAUGAAGACGGAUAUAUGAUGUAUGGCUGAUAUUAAAUACAUGCACAUGCAUUCUUAUGGCUGUGUUAAUGCAUUUUGUUCUUCACAAAUACAUUAAGAAGCUUGAGUAGAAAAGUUUCAGUGUGAAGUUGAAUGAAAUAGGGAAAAAUUCUUCCACUUUGAAUGAGUGCAAAUGGAUUUUCACUAGAUAUAAACACUUCAUUCACUUCCAGUUCAUUCCAGUUUCUAUAUUGCAAACGACUGGUGUAUUUGGAUAAUAAACCAAUCAUUAAAUCCGUUUAGGAAAUACCACCACCGCCACCACUUCCAUCACGUCAUAACUGUUGACUCUACUACUAUCUUUCUUUGUAACAACAACAACUAUCGUUACUACUACUAAGUACUACUACUACUACUACACGCGGACGCUUCGUGCUGCUUUGAAAAGAGGAAAAAACAAGCUUCCGUUUGUGUGUGCAAACGAAACAAUGCUUUGACCUUUACUUGUGUGUGUGUGCGUGUGUGUAGCUCCAGCCAAAAACUAAUGUUGAAAGUACGAGACUCAAACGCUCAGAGUAGUAGAUGCUGCGAUAGACCUUCAGGUUUAGUGAAUUCAUGACAAACAACCAUAGCCCUGUUGUUUGAUGUGCAUAGGGUUCAACUUACUUCCCUCUGUUUUACUUCAUGAUCCUUCCAGUAAAAAACACCCCAUUAUUCUCACGAGACACCUACCACACACACACUGUCCAAAUAGUGAAGAAAAAGUGGCUUUGCUUUCAUCACUCUGUCUAUCAAUAUGCGCCUUAGAUAAAUAAUAAUGUACUACUUGAAAGGGCCUAAACUUGUCAUACUGGUAGAGAAGAGAGUCCCGUACAGACCAGCAGAUGUCUGGUCUGAAAUUCUGACAGAUGCAGGUGGACUACGUUUACAGACUGCCGACAGAUCAAUUCUACUCUUAAUUCCUCUAGCGUUAGGUCGAAAACCAAGCAGAUCAACUGGACUUUUCAGUGUGACAAGUUUCUUCUUCAGUGCGUCAUUAUGAGCUAAAUUUACCAGAGAAGGUCAGCAGUAACAGCAAGUUUCCAAUGGAUGCGAGACACUUGUGAACAUUAUUCACAACUGCUCAAUUUGAACACUCUUUGCCGUCUCUUCUCCUGUCACUGACUACUGAUAACCAAAAUUGGAAAACCAUAAGGAGGCUCAACUAAAAAUCUUAUUUCAUUUCCAGAAGGACUAGCAUCACACGCCAAGACGUUUCUUUAAAAACUAAGGGGCACAUAAAUCAUAUCAAAACAGUGUUUAUGAAUUGUCUAACCAGCCAAUGGGAAACUUGUUGUUCCUGUGAAUACCUGAAAUGUAGCAUUCGUCACGUCUUUUUCGGGAUAUUAAAAAAUAUACAUAUAUAAAAAAUCCAGUUAAAGUUUUUUGAAGCAGGUCACACAAGGAGUUUUUUAUACUGUAAAUACAUUCCAUUAACAAUUAAUAAUUAUUGUUGUAUAUUGCAAUGUUUUCAAUGGGAGUAUAUAAAGCGAUAUGAUGCUUGUA